UUCUGCUCAGUGUUGGAAGCUGCAGUCAAAGCAGAGACAUGGAGCAGAUAUUCAGUGUUCUCGGUUUGGAAUGGAUGGACAGCAGGAGCAUUUUAAUAUUUCUCUGCGUUUUUCUGCUCUUGGCUGAUAUUUGGAAGUACAGAGUGCCGAGAAACUUCCCCCCUGGUCCUUGGGCUCUUCCUUUGAUUGGUGACCUGUUUCGCAUCAAAGCUUCAAAGAUUCACCUCCAGUUCACAGAGCUUGCUGAGAAAUAUGGAAACAUUUUCACCAUCCGUCUCUUUGGUGGAAGGAUUGUGGUCCUUAAUGGCUACAGGCUUGUGAAAGAAGCCCUGGUCCAUCGAGGAGAAGACUUCACGGAUCGUCCUUCCAUACCAGUGUUCGCUGAAUUGUUUGGGAAUAACGGUAUUGUGAUAUCAAAUGGAAAUCCAUGGAAGCAGCAGAGGAGAUUUGCUCUUCAUACACUCAGAAACUUUGGUCUGGGCAAGAAGACUCUGGAGCUAUUCAUCCAGGAGGAGUGUCGGUAUCUCACAGAGGCGUUUGCAAAUCACCAAGGGAAGCCCUUUAAUGCCCAGUCAAUGAUAAACAGUGCUGUGUCCAACAUCAUCUGUUGUUUGGUGUUUGGGCAUCGAUUUGAGUACAAUGAUAAGCAGUAUGAGUCUAUUCUUCAGAAAUUCAAUGAGUUACUGUACAUACAGGGAGGUGUGUGGGCGCAGAUUUACAACAUGGUACCCUGGCUGAUGAAAUGGCUGCCUGGACCUCAUCAGAGGAUGUUCACUUUGAUGCAGAACCUAACUGACUUCGUUCAAAUCAAGAUCAAAGAACACAGAGAAACCCUCGACCCCUCAUCACCAAGAGACUACAUCGACUCCUUCCUUAUUGAAAUGGGAGAGAAGGAGGACAAAGAUGCUGGCUUUGAGCUCAAGAAUUUGUGUUACUGCACUCUUGAUCUGUUUGGUGCUGGAACUGAAACUACUACCACGACUUUACACUGGGGGCUGCUGUACAUGAUCCACUAUCCUGACAUACAGAAGAGAGUCCAGGCUGAGAUAGAUGCUGUGAUUGGUUCAUCCAGACAGCCCUCCAUGACUGACAGAGAAAACAUGCCCUAUACUGAUGCAGUUAUUCAUGAAAUACAGAGAAUGGGCAACAUCCUCCCACUCAAUGUGGCCCGCAUGGCAAGCAAGGACACCACACUGGAUAAGUACACAAUCCCAAAGGGCACCAUGAUCCUGCCAACACUCAAUUCAGUCCUACAUGAUGAGUCCAUGUGGGACACUCCACACUCCUUCAAUCCUCAGCAUUUUCUAGAUGAAGACGGUAAAUUUAGGAAGCGAGAGGCCUUUCUUCCUUUUUCUGCAGGUAAGCGAGUGUGUCUUGGUGAACCUCUGGCCAGGAUGGAGUUAUUCCUCUUUUUCACCUCCUUCCUUCAGAGGUUUUCAUUCUCGGCGCCUGCUGGAGAGAAGCCCAGUCUGGAGUACAAGUUGGGACUCACUCUUUGUCCUAAACCUUACCGCCUCUGUGCCACACCAAGAUAAACAACUAACUAUCACACUGAUCCACUGUGUGGAACUACAUUCAUCUUGUAAGGGAUAUCAGCAAUCAUCAGGAACAUCUAUAUUAUUCUUUUUCUGUUGUGUGGGUAAAACAUAAUUUUGAUCAAUUUUUUCUCCUUAACCCCUUUCCAAUAAACUUGGUUAUACUGGUACAUUAUGAAAGUAAUCUUGUGUAUUCAAAUAUUGAAAACUAAAAUAAACAAAUAAAUCCCAAA